AUUCUUUAUAUCAUAUCUUAUUAUUAUUUACUUUGGAAGGAGAGAUCAAAAUGAAUCAUCACUAUGAUAUUAUAUGUGUGGGAGCUGGUGUAGUAGGGUGUGCUGCAGCAAAAAUCUUUGGAUCCGAUGGUAGAAGAGUACUUGUAUUGGAACGCGAUUUGACAGAACCUGAUCGUAUUGUUGGUGAACUUAUGCAACCAGGUGGAAUGGAUGCUUUGAAAACAUUAGGACUUGAAGAUUGUACUGAAAAAAUAGAUGCUGUGUCUUGUUUUGGUUACUCUAUCUACCGUGAUGGUCAAUAUACCCAUGUCCCUUAUCCAAUACAAUCAAAUACUGAUGAUUUGAAAAAGAAGAUUCAAGGCAAAUCUUUUCAUCAUGGUCGAUUUAUUCAAAAUUUACGUCAACAAGCCAAGAAUACCAUCAAUGUCACCUUCAAACAAAUGACAGUGGAUAGUUUGAUUCGUGAAGAUGGAUUGGAACAAGUGAUUGGUGUACGAGCUCAAGAAAAAGGCAAGGAUAUACAAGAAGAGUUUUAUGCUCCUUUGACUAUUGUGGCAGAUGGCAUAUUUUCCAAAUUCAGAAAAGAAUUUACUGAUACCAAACCAGAUAUAAGAUCACAAUUUGUUGGAUUCAUUGUUAAAAAUCUCGAUUUACCUAUGAUUAAUCAUGGAUUUGUUGCAAUUACUGAUCCAUCAGUUGUGUUAAUGUAUCAAAUUGGAUCCCAUGAAACACGUGUAUUAGUAGAUAUCCCUGAACCUGUACCAUCCAAUGCUAAUGGUGAUUUAAGGCGACAUCUUCAGGAAGUCGUGAUACCACAACUACCCAAGUCACUUCAACCAAAACUCCAAUCGUAUUUGAAUGAUGAUCAACAAGUACUACGUAUGAUGCCGAAUGGUUUCCUUCCUCCUUUUGCCAACCAAUGCCUUGGUGUGAUUGUACUGGGUGAUGCUAUGAAUAUCAGACAUCCUUUGACGGGUGGAGGCAUGACAGUGGCUUUACAAGAUGUGAUCCUACUUCAACAAUUACUGGACCGUAGUGUGAUUCCGGAUUUACACGCACAUGAUCUGGUGAUGCAAGCCAUUGAUUGUUUUCAUUGGAAACGAAAACGUCAUGCCAUGUCUAUCAACAUCCUGGCCAUGUCCCUUUAUCGUCUCUUUUCAGCUGGAUCUCAUCCUGCUUUGCUCCAAUUACAACAAGCGUGUGUGGAUUACUUUAAUCUAGGUGGUCAAUGUCUCGAAGGUCCAGUGGGUCUUUUAUCGGGUCUGCGUCGUGAACCCUGGACUCUGAUCUAUCAUUUCUUUGCUGUGGCAAUGUAUGCUGUCUAUCAACAAUGGUGCUCUUCUGGUGAUUGGCCUUGGACAAGUUUCAACAAAUCCAUUCUCUUACUCUAUACUGCCUGCAUCACCAUCUUUCCUUAUUUAUGGAGCGAAAUCAAACCUUAAUUCCACAGUAUUAGCAUAUUUACUCUAUUAAUAUUUCAACUAAUAAAAAAAAAACCUAAUAUUCUUUCUACAUUAA